CUAGAGACGCUUCUCAAAGAACACGUCACACGGAACACGUUGACUCACAACCUCAUCAGGCAAUGACGGAGGGGUUGCUGCUUACAUGCUGCUUUGUUGAGACGGCAGCUAUGUUGAAUCACAAACCCUGACUUGUUUCUUGCAGAGCUUCCACCAUGGUGUCGCAUCGAUUCGCUCUCUUUUUGCUGUUUAGCACAGUGGCUUCUGGCUUUUCACCAACUUUCUUGUCACAUCCACCGGUUCGACAAGAUGUCUCUCUGUGGAGCAGCACUGCCGAUGAGGCUACAGCCGUUUCCAUUGAUGCCAAGGAAGCCGUAAAGUUGUUUGGUCGUCUGGCAGAUAAAUACAUAAUGUUGGAUUCCAGUGGCGGCAUGUGCUGCUACUCCGCUUGCAGCGAUUGCGAGUAUCGACUGCCAGGAGGAGGAUACCGAAUGGCGGAUCAAAGCUCCAGUCGUCCAAAGUGGAUCUGUUCCUACGAUGAACGGAAUUUUGAAACUUUGGGCAAAGAACACACUUCCAAAUGGAACACCGAUAUAUUCACCAACGGACCCGCUGUCACCAAAGAGGAGUUCAUUCAAGCCAUGGUGGACAUCCCCUACAAUCCACCUCUAGGAGGACCGUAUGUAGGCGCCUCUUCGGCAACCAUCGAAGAUACCACUGGAGCCUCUCUUCUCUUUGAUCUGCUUGCUGGAAAGAAGGAAAAACUCACCAAAUAUCGCAUGGGCACCCGUAUUAAGGAGCUAGCUGGUGGAGAAGAGGGGCUGACUUGGGCUGGCUUCAGUGCUGCAAUGAUGCCGGAAGCCUGAAGUGAAGAACAGGAAUACUCGUAGCACUAUUUCGCAGACACGCAUCAUGGUUAAUGGAACGUCCAAGUGUUGUAAAUGUAUAUAGCAGAUGUUUUUUCAAUCAAAACUUUUCGUGGAUUCUCUUCGUCUUUGCAGCAACCACUCCUUCAACCUCCCAACAGUUUCUUUCGAACUUGGCUUGACGAGCCGUGGUGCGUCUACAACUACCUCUGUUAAACUGCUAAUAAGUG